AUAUCUAUAUGUACAUAACAUAUAUAAGUUAAGAAAAAAAUAAUUUAUGUAGAUGGCGACUCUGUUUUUGUCUUUUCGAAUAAAUUUUCGAUAAAGCUCCGCUCAUACCAAAAGUAUGUUAAUUAAGCCGCAAGAAGUACAUUUAUUAAAUAUUGCUCGAUGCGCAACAGUGUAGAACAUAACCAUAAAAAAAUUCAAGAACGGAUUUAGAAACAUUAUUAAAAAACGAUGGAUGCACAAGCGUCAGGAAGUAAAGAUUCAGCAGAAAAAACAGCCGGUAUGUCGACCAAAAAGCCGACUUGUAUUAUUGUAUUAGGAAUGGCAGGUUCUGGCAAGACUACAUUUGUCAAUUCAAUUGUUACUCAUCUUUAUAAAACUGGGACUCCGUAUGGAAUUAAUUUAGAUCCAGCUUGCAAAGAUGUACCUUAUCCAGCAAAUAUUGACAUUAGAGAUACUGUUAAUUACAAAGAAGUGAUGAAACAAUAUCGCUUGGGCCCUAACGGGGCGAUUGUCACUACCUUAAACUUGUUCUCCACAAAAUUUGACAAAGUAAUUGAACUAAUUGACAAAAGCAACAAUGAGUACGUGAUAAUAGACACACCAGGACAAAUUGAAGUAUUCACAUGGUCAGCGAGUGGUGCAAUAAUAACUGAAACAUUGGCAUCACAGUUUCCUACAAUUAUUGUCUAUGUCAUGGAUGUUGUCAGAAGCCACAAUCCUGUAACUUUUAUGUCCAAUAUGCUUUAUGCUUGCUCCAUUCUUUAUAAAACUAAGCUACCAUUUAUUGUCGUUAUGAACAAGAUUGAUAUUGUCGACCACAGUUACGCUGUUGAAUGGAUGGAAGACUACGAAGCGUUUGAAAAUGCCUUGAAUUCAGAGUCGAGUUACAUGAGUAAUUUGUCAAGAAGUAUGGCUUUAACUCUAGAUGAAUUUUAUCGUGAUUUAAAGAGUUGUGGGGUGUCAGCGCGCGAACAUAGAGGCAUUGACGAAUUUUUAAAUUUAGUCGAAGAUGCUGUUGAAGAAUAUAAAACAAUCUAUAAAAAAGAAUGGGAUAAAAUGAAAUUGGAAAAAACUGAUGAAAGAAAAAAACAAGAAAAGCAAUUAGAAAAGGCUGCGUUUAAUCAACAAUCUCUCAUAUCAGCGGUGUCACAGGGUGCUGAAGUUAUUUCCAAGGUGUCGAUAAAAGUUCCAGGCGAUGAUGAUUCUACUGAUGAGGAAGGAGAAGAAGUUAAAAAAGGUGAUGAGGAAGUUGAAGAAGUAGAAUUUUUGAGUAAUUUUAUCAAAAGUCAUCAACAAGCACAGAAUGAUAGACUGGCUAAAAAUCAAAAACAUUCGUAGUUUAAGAUUUUUGUAAUUUUAAUAUUUAUAAGAAAUAAAAAAAUAAUUUUG